AUGGCAUCUACAACUGCAUCUGCUAUCCGUCCCAGUCUCCGUGACAACCGACAACCGUCCGGUUCACCUCAUACUCCCACGUCGCGCUUUAUAUCUUCCACAUACUCCUCACCUGGCUCAACGUUCCGUCAAGAAGAAGAUGCUGUGAUCAUCGAACUAGAUCCCCGCGGUCUGAGCGCUGGCUUCGAAGGUGAAAGCGGGCCUCAAUGCUUCAUACCUUUCUGCCCGGACGGCGCUCGAAGAGUAGGUGAUUACAGACAAUGGCUUCCCGGCUAUAAAUGCAGUAAUGCUACGCUUGCGGAGACGGUAAGUGGCUACGAGUUGUGGCGGAAUGACCUCGGUUUGGACGGCAAUGCGCUCGACCUAGGGUUGCUCGAAGAUCGACUGGAACGGGCAGUGCGAGAAGCGUACAAUACGUAUCUGUUGACCGAUGUUGGCGUUGCGCGCCUGGUCCUUGUGCUACCGUCCCUUGUUCCCCAUCCAGUCUUAUCUACCAUUAUCACGCUGCUGUUCGAACGUUGGAAAUAUGCCUCCAUCGCUCUGCUACCCAAGCCGACUAUGUGCCUAGCCGCGGCCGGAAUACGAUCCGGCAUUGUGAUUGACUUUGGCUGGGAAGAGACAAGCGUCACUCCGAUCUACGAAUAUCGGGAGCUGCAGUCAAUGCGAAGCACACGCAGCAUGAAGCACCUGACACUGCGAGUAGGCGAGUGGUUACGUGCCAUCGCAGAACAGCAGACGGUAGCAGGAGGGCAGACCCUAACUUGUGACUUCGACUUUGUUGAGGAUACCAUAUCGCGGAUAGCAACGUGCGCCACAUCGAAUCGUGACGACCAAACACCAUCAGAGGAAAUGCAACAAUUGUCAUUGGCGGAGUCGGAGGUACAGGAUGCGAUCAACCUGGACUGGCCCACCACAACAUCCACACAGAGCGUCCCUGUACCACGGUCAGAGCUAUCCCGACUUGUAAAUGAAUGCUUCUUCGGGCUCCCCAACCAGGACAGCCCGGAUGACGAAGAGCUGCCUCUCGGACGCCUCCUCUACCACAAGCUCCUACAACUGCCCGCGGACGUGCGAGGCCUUUGCAUCUCCCGCCUCAUGUUCGUUGGGCAAGGUGCACCCAUUCCCGGCUUGAAGCAGGAGACCAUCGCUCAACUCAAAGCACACAUCAAAGCGCAUGGCUGGACGCCCGUUCGCGGCACACACGUCCAGAAGCAACGCAAAGGCCUUGUCGAGAUGGCGCAGGCCCGAACAACACCCGUCGACGUACGCUUCGACACGGUACCGCCCGCCGGCAAAGAUUACGUGGAAGAAAAGCUGCAGAAGCAGAAGGCCAAGGAAGCCCAGCAGCAGGAUGUCCAGGGCCAUGUCCGCGUCAUCGACAGUCUCGGGGCGUGGGCGGGCGCAAGUCUGCUCGCCAGCUUGAAAGUCAAGGGCGUGGUGGAAAUCGAGCGAAAUAAGUUCUUGGACCAUGGACUGGCGGGCGCCAGUCGAGAGGUGGAUGUCAGUGUUGUGCCUCAGCAGCGAAUGUCGACCUUGGGAAUCGGUGCAGCCAAGGGUAGUGACCGCACCAGCUGGACUUUGGGCAGUUGGGGAUGA